CCAUGACACAGUGGAUGCUGCACAGAAUCAUUUCCACAGCAUCAGCAGGCAGUGGACCUCCAUCCUCCUCCUCACUCUCCCUCUCUCGUUCUCUCCUCGUUUGCCUCUCCUCCUCUCACCGCCACCCCUCUGCUCUCUCUUCUCUCUCCCCGUUCCCCUCCCUCCGACGGACACGCAGGCCUGCUCGAGCAACACUGCAGCAGAGGACGCACCAGGAAGGAUAGCAGCAGCAGCAGCAGCAGCCUCAGCAGCAGCAGCAGCAGCAGGCGGACUGAUUUUCCAUCUACCCCCCUCUGCCUCGCAUCUUCUUCAUCACCAAUUCCUGCUUUUAUAUCCUCCGCAUCUUUUUCCCCUUUUUCCUCAAAAAACCCCUCAUCCUUCCUCCUCUCCAUUCUUCCAUCUCCUCUUCACGCCUCUCUCUCUCCUUCCGGCCUGGCUGUGGUUUCCCAGGAUGCCUUGUUCCAGGCUGCUUCGCUAGGCCCCAGCAGCAUGGGCGGAGCCUGGGCGGGGAGAGAGAGUACGGUUCGGACCCUUCCCCUCAGGACGGGCGCGCUGGCGGGUCACCCUCCCUCGGCUUCAGAUGGGCGAGGACACUGAGAGCUCCAAAAUCAACCACACCUUCCUGCGAGACUACGUCACUGAAGCUGAUGUCAUCUCUACAGUGGAGUUUAACCAGACAGGGGACCUGCUGGCCACGGGGGAUAAAGGUGGCCGAGUGGUCAUCUUCCAGAGAGAGACCGAGUCCAAAGGGGAGACCGAGGAGGCAGGGGAGACGGGGGACUCCGGGGAGUACAACGUCUACAGCACGUUCCAGAGCCAUGAGCCGGACUUUGACUACCUGAAGAGUCUGGAGAUUGAGGAGAAGAUCAACAAGAUCAGAUGGCUGCCGCAGCAGAACGCGGCACAUUUCCUCCUCUCCACCAAUGAUAAGACCAUUAAACUGUGGAAGGUGAGUGAGAGAGACAAGAGACCAGAGGGAUACAACCUGAAAGAUGAGGAGGGACGGCUGAAGGACAUCUCUACCAUCACCUCUCUGCAGGUGCCAGUGCUCAAACCCACAGAUCUGAUGGUGGAGGUCCGCCCCAGACGAGUGUUCUCCAAUGGACAUACUUACCACGUCAACUCCAUCUCAGUCAACAGUGACGGGGAGACGUACCUGUCCGCUGACGACCUCCGCAUCAACAUGUGGCACCUGGGCAUCACGGACCGCAGCUUCAACAUUGUGGACAUCAAACCAGCCAACAUGGAGGAUCUGACGGAGGUGAUAACAUCCGCAGAGUUCCACCCUCACCACUGCCACUUGUUUGUGUACAGCAGCAGCAAGGGCUCGCUGCGCCUCUGUGACAUGAGAUCGUCUGCACUCUGUGACAAACACACCAAACAGUUUGAGGAACCCGAGGAUCCAGGGAGCCGGUCCUUCUUCUCAGAGAUCAUUUCUUCUGUGUCAGACGUCAAGUUCAGCCACAACGGACGCUAUCUGCUGACCAGAGACUACCUCACCGCCAAGGUGUGGGACCUGAACAUGGACAAGGGCCCAGUGGAGACGUACCAGGUCCACGAAUACCUAAGGAGUAAGCUGUGUUCCCUCUAUGAAAACGACUGCAUCUUCGACAAGUUUGAGUGUGUGUGGAACAGCUCAGACAGCGUGAUCAUGACAGGGGCGUACAACAGCUUCUUCCGGAUGUUCGACCGGGAAACGGGCCGAGGCGUAACCCUGGAGGCGUGGCGGGAAAGCAGCAAGCCUCGGGCCGUGCUGCGGACGCGGCGCGUCUACACCGGUGGAAAGCGGCGCCGUGGCGACGUGGGCGUCGAUAGUCUGGACUUCACAAAGAAAAUCCUGCACAUGGCUUGGCACCCGUCUGAGAACAUCAUCGCCAUAGCAGCCACCAACAACCUGUAUAUCUUCCAGGAUCGCGUCAACCCGGACACACAGUGACGGGGGAUGGGAGCGUGGACAGAAUCAUCAACAGUGACUCAAAGAUAUUUGGAGGUCGUAGAGAAGGUGUGGGGGUGGACAGCCUUUAUGAAAAGUCUGUCCAUAAAGUCUAAGCCAAGCGGUUUUACAACAAACUGAGAUGCAACAUCUGUUUGUGCUGAUAAAAGAUUAGUUAUAAAAUGACAAGAGUCACGAUUUAUGGGAUCCACAAUGAAGGUGUGUAAUCCGUUUUUUUCCUACGCUGAGAUGGACUGAUGUCUCCAGGACGUGUUUUUGGUCCCACUCCACUCCCACUUUUUGAAGAUGUUUCUCUGACUGCUCCACUGUAGGGGCAGGAGAAGAGGUGCAGGGACACCUCUCCAUCUGCUGUUGACCACACAGUGUUGCACACCUCACUGAUGUGCCCUGGUACUGUUUGACACACAACUGAAGAUAUGUGCUGGGUAGCAGCAAACACCAAACGAUGCUACGAAACCUGAAGGUCUUGCAGCGAUGUGACUUUGCCAAGAUUAGCAGUGUGGCGCAAUUGUACAGCUCUUCACAACAACAUCCUGAACCACUUUUUUUUCUAUCGAUCAGCAGCAGCCGAACCUCUCCUUCAGAGCAGUGCUCUCGGAGAUUGCACGCGUAUCCGACCCCUUAAAUUUUGCCCUAUUCACUUUGCAAUAAUAGCACUAACAAACACACAGUGCAGCAGUAUCCCUGCUUUAAAACAUGAGCUCUUCUUCUACAGGCAACACAAAUGUACACACUCUUUUUACUGUUAGUUGUAAAUAUUCUGUUCCUUUUUUUUUUGAAAGGCAGCACCAACUUUGGUCCCAGUGAGCUAAAAAGGUAAAAGGAUGCACUUUGUCCAGUAAACUGCAAACAAUCCUGAGAUGUAAUUCAUAGAAAGGUCGUGGAAUCUCUCUACUCAGACGUCAAGACGCGAUGUUGGAGCUUAUAGUUUGUAGCAGUACAGAAAUACGCAGGUUAUAGAGAGGAAGGGAGUUGUGCACAAAUCAACACUUACUGUUUUAUUGUGUAUAUUAAGCCUUCGAUGGGUUUUGAUUGCUGUAUCAAGGUCUCUAAACGAUUUUAAAUGAGCGAGACAUAUGCUCAAAUUGAGGCUGAUUGGUGAUAAAACUGAAAUCGAUUCAAGUUAAAUUAUGAUAAUUCAAAAUGAGCAUAUUCCUCAUUUUAUAAUGCAGAAGCACAUUUCGGCAAGGGCUCUCACAAUCAAGACAAAGUUGGAAUCUAAGCACACGAAUGAGGCCGCUGAUUCAGCCAAUCAGAGUUAUGUUGAGUUUGUGUCCUGUGUGUUGGAGGGUCAGAGGUUAUCAUCAGUACAAUGACUCAUUAUGUACAUCGCUGAAAUGUCUUCACCAUUAAAACAAAUUAGGCUAUCAUGUGAAUUUAUCAUUAGCACAGGUUCAUGUUGUCAUCAUACCAUGUACCGCCAACAGAAAGCCCGGAGAUGUACAGAGGUGAGGUGACGUCUGUGUUGAAUUAGGUGCGCUGGUCAAGUAUUGAUUGUUUACAGUGAAGUGCAUUGUUUUCAAGUGACCUUGGCCCUGAUGGGAUUAUUGUACGUGAUCUGGAUGUGUCCUGUAGCAGGUGAAAGAGUAAAAGAACCAGUGAGGAGGUAGAAAGUCUUGUUGCCCUGACGAUGACUCUGUCUGAUGGAUAAACAACAGUUUACUGUGUUAACUUUGAACCCAAGAAAAGAAGAAAAGAUUCUAAUCAUGUCUGCUCCACAUGUCUUUUUUUUCCUCCAGAUUUUUACCCCUUUUGAUUUCAAAACCACUGUUCACAAAUGUUCAAACUGUAAUUCAACAAUUUUUCAACCUGGGCCCUAAUCUUCUGGAAUCAGCUCAGUAAAUCACCUCUGCCAGCAGCUGCUACAUGGCGGCAAUGGCUACAAUGUAAUCUUAUGGGGCAACUGCGACAGUUCACAAAAUGUCCACUAGAAGUGCUAAUUUUCACCAAUUAAGGGCUCAAAUUGUUAUUCUGGGUCUUUGCUAUGAGUCUGGCAACAUUAAAGUGUCACUCAAUGAGAGAAAAAAGGACUUUUAGUAGACAUUGAAUUGACUGUCACAGUUGCCCCAUUAGAUUAUACUAUCACCGCUGCUGCCAUGUUGCAGCUGCCAGAGGAGAUGAUCUACUGGUGUGCUUCCAAAGGGUUUUGUGUGUACCACUCAUUUACACACCAACAUUUAUAACCAUAGGAACCAUAACGUUUUGGUUUUCACUGUUCAUAAGUGUUGUUGAAUGCAGACAAAGUGAUUCACUGAUUGGUUUAAAAAAAUGUUCAACACACCAAUUCCAUGAUGAUGACAACCCACAAAAAGAUUUACAUAAUAUAACCUUGUAUAAGUUCCAGGAUUCAAUCCUCCAGUGGUGAGAGUUAGUUUAGAGCAAGUCAGUUAUAAUCGCAUCAUAACCACCACCUCAGACAACCAAUGAGAGGAUUUGUGUGUUCAGGAGCACAGCAGCAGCAGCAGCAUGUUGCCAUUACUCAAUGCUACUAGCCUGUAUAUCUAUCAUACUUAAAAAAAAGGACAAAUCUUACAAUACAAAAGCAAAUGAGAUGAAUGGAAAGAAUGUGCAUUAAUAAAAUAACUGAAAAUCA